CCGUGCCCCGGGCGCGGGGAGCUCUGCGGGAGGCGGCGCGGCCAGGCUCCCUGUGCGGAGCAGUUUUCUGCAACUCUCCACCUCCUCCUCCCUGGGCCCAGCGCAGCCGGGAGACCCUGUCCACAUCUGCGGAAGAAAGGAGUGUCAUGAAAAAGGAACAGAAAAGAACCGUCCCUCUUGGUGAAUCGGGAGUUUUCUCUCCCAGUUGGUGGCUACUUCAUGAUUGGAAAAAAAGUACCUAGGUGGCUGAAGAGAUUAGAUUUGUGUAGUUGUACAGAUGAAGCUGAUAAAAGAAGACAUGAAAAUGCUUUCUCUGGGUCGUAAUGGGUGAUGAGUAAGUAAGCCUGAACAAGACAGAUUUGGAAUGAGGGCAGAAAUUUUGAUUUUUUAAAGCCAAGUAGGACUUUGAACACUUGUUGAGGAUGUUCUUUUCCCAAAAAUGGAAGAAGAAAAAAUUUUCAAAGCAAAAAUGUAAAAAGUGGAAGGAGAGAACAACCAAGUCGACGUCAAGAAUUUCAGUACAUCAUGCGCUCCUUUGGGCAAACCGGCGCAAGCAUCGUACAUGUGGGUGAUUUUAUCACUAGAGAUGGUUUUCUACCCUAGGAACAACUUUUUAAUUCGGAUUCUGGAGUGUUUACUCUUUUUUUUUUUUUUUUAAACUGUGUGUUUUGACUCUUCAUGUUAGAUAGAUUUGUGUAAAUGAACUAAAACCUGAAUCUCUAGUAGGUUUGACUAUACCACUGUUUGCUAUGUGAUACAGAAACAUUAUACAGGUUCUAACAUUCCUUGAAGUUUUAUUGGAAGCAGAUCUGUGUCAGGGAAACAGACAGUAUAAGUUUUCUCUUUUUGGCAACUCAGCUUGCUUUGAAUGAACCGAGCGUCAGCUGGAUUUCACAGUACAUAUGAUUUAUAAUCUUUGUGUUAAAGGCCUUAAAUGUAUGUUUUAUUCCAGGCAGAGGGAAAUACAUUGAGCACUGUUUUUGACAUGUAUGCCUAAGGAAGGAACUCCCCGAUGGAUCAUGGCGUUAAUGUUUACAGGACAUUUCUUGUUUUUAGCAUUAGUGAUGUUUGCUUUCUCUACUUUUGAGGAAUCUGUGAGCAAUUACUCUGACUGGGCAGUUUUCACAGAUGAUCUAGAUCAGUUUAAGACACAGAAAGUGCAAGAUUUCGAACCCCAUCAAAAGAUGAAAAAAAGUGUGCUUCAUCCAAGUUUGUAUUUCGAUGCUGGAGAAAUCCAGGCAAUGAGACAGAAGUCCCGUACAAGCCAUUUGCAUCUCUUUAGAGCUAUCAGAAGUGCAGUCACAGUUAUGCUGUCCAACCCCACAUACUACCUACCUCCACCCAAGCAUGCUGAUUUUGCUGCCAAGUGGAAUGAGAUUUAUGGUAACAAUCUGCCUCCUUUAGCAUUGUACUGUUUGUUAUGUCCCGAAGACAAAGUUGCCUUUGAUUUUGUCUUGGAAUAUAUGGACAGGAUGGUUGGCUACAAAGACUGGCUGGUUGAAAAUGCACCAGGGGAUGAGGUUCCUGUUGGCCAUUCCUUAACAGGUUUUGCCACUGCCUUUGACUUUUUGUAUAACCUACUGGAUGAUCAUCGAAGACAAAAAUACCUGGAAAAAAUAUGGGCCGUUACAGAGGAAAUGUAUGAGUAUUCCAAGGUCCGUUCAUGGGGCAAACAACUUCUCCAUAAUCACCAGGCUACUAACAUGAUAGCGUUACUCACCGGGGCUUUGGUGACUGGGGUAGAUAAAGGAUCUAAAGCAAACAUAUGGAAACAGGCUGUAGUAGAUGUGAUGGAAAAGACGAUGUUUCUGCUGAAUCACAUUGUCGAUGGUUCUUUGGAUGAAGGUGUGGCCUAUGGGAGCUACACGGCUAAAUCAGUCACACAGUAUGUUUUUCUAGCCCAGCGUCAUUUCAACAUCAACAACUUGGAUAACAACUGGUUAAAAAUGCACUUUUGGUUCUAUUAUGCCACCCUUUUACCAGGCUUCCAGAGAACUGUGGGUAUAGCAGAUUCCAAUUAUAAUUGGUUUUAUGGUCCAGAGAGCCAGUUAGUGUUUUUGGAUAAGUUUAUCUUAAAGAAUGGAGCUGGGAAUUGGUUAGCUCAGCAAAUUAGAAGGCACCGACCUAAAGAUGGCCCAAUGGUCCCCUCCACUGCCCAGAGGUGGAGUACUCUUCACACCGAGUUCAUCUGGUAUGAUCCUCAGCUCACCCCACAGCCUCCUGCUGAAUAUGGCACUGCAAAAAUGCACACAUUCCCUAACUGGGGUGUUGUCACCUAUGGGGCUGGGUUGCCAAAUACACAGACCAAUACCUUUGUGUCUUUUAAAUCUGGGAAGCUAGGGGGGCGAGCCGUGUAUGACAUAGUUCACUUUCAGCCAUACUCCUGGAUUGAUGGGUGGAGAAGCUUUAACCCAGGACACGAACAUCCAGAUCAGAACUCAUUUACUUUCGCCCCCAAUGGGCAAGUAUUUGUUUCUGAAGCUCUCUAUGGACCCAAACUGAGCCACCUUAACAACGUACUGGUGUUUGCUCCGUCCCCCACAAGCCAGUGUAAUAAGCCCUGGGAAGGUCAGCUGGGAGAAUGUGCACAGUGGCUUAAGUGGACCGGUGAGGAGGCUGGGGAUGCGGCAGGGGAGAUCAUUACUGCCUCUCAACAUGGAGAAAUGAUAUUUGUGAGUGGGGAAGCUGUGUCUGCUUACUCUUCAGCAAUGAAGCUGAAAAGUGUGUAUCGUGCUUUGCUCCUCUUAAAUUCUCAAACUUUGCUAGUUGUCGAUCACGUUGAGAGGCAAGACAGUUCCCCAAUAAAAACUGUCAGUGCCUUCUUUCAUAAUCUGGACAUUGAUUUUAAGUACAUCCCGUAUAGGUUUCUGAACAGGUACAAUGGCGCCAUGAUGGAUGUGUGGGACGCACACUACAGAAUGUUCUGGUUUGAUCAUCGUGGCAGGAGUCCCAUUGCUAGCAUACAGGAAGCCGAGCAAGCUGCUGAAUUUAAGAAACGGUGGACUCAGUUCGUUAAUGUCACAUUUCAGAUGGAAUCCACAAUCACAAGGAUUGCGUAUGUCUUUUAUGGACCGUAUGUCAAUGUUUCCAGCUGCAGAUUUAUUGAUAAUUCCAACUCUGGACUUCAGAUUUCUCUCAACGUCAAUAAUACUGAACAUGUUGUGUCCAUUGUAACGGACUACCAUAACUUGAAGACGAGAUUCGAUUACCUGGGUUUUGGUGGCUUUGCCAAUGUGGCUGAUGAGAGCCACAUAACCCGAUUUGGUUUGGGCACUCAAGCAAUAGCAAAGCCCGUAAGACAGGACAGGGUUAUUUUCCCCUUUGGAUUUAAAUUUAAUAUAGCAGUUGGGUUGAUUUUGUGCAUUAGCUUGGUGAUUUUGACCUUUCAGUGGCGGUUUUACCUUUCUUUUAGAAAGCUAAUGCGGUGGGUCUUAAUCCUUGUCAUUGCCUUGUGGUUUAUUGAGCUGCUGGAUGUGUGGAGCACUUGCACUCAGCCCCUCUGUGCAAAGUGGGCAAGGACGGAGGCCGAGGCGAGCUCGAAGUCUUCGUCUAACCAGGGGCACCGUCUCGAUCUUCCCGACGUUGUCAUUACCUCACUUCCUGGUUCAGGAGCUGAAAUUCUCAAACAACUUUUUUUCAACAGUAGUGAUUUUCUCUACAUCAGAGUUCCUACAACCUACAUUGAAAUUCCUGAAACUGAAUUCGAAAUCGACUCAUUCGUAGAUGCCUGUGAAUGGAAGGCGUCGGAUAUCCACAGUGUGCAUUUCCGUUUACUCCGAGGCUGGUUGCAGUCCUUAGUUCAAGACACAAAACUGCAUUUACAAAAUAUCCAUCUGCAUGAACCCAGUAGGGGUAAACUGGCCCAAUAUUUUACAGCAAAUAAGGACAAAAAAAGAAAAUUGAAAAGGAGAGAAUCUUUGCCCGAACAAAGAAGUAGAAUGAAAGGCACCUUUGAUAGAGAUGCUGAAUACAUUAGGGCUUUGAGGAGACACCUGGUCUCUUACCCAAGCGCGCGACCUGUGCUCAGCUUAAGCAGCGGGAGCUGGACCUUAAAGCUUCGUUUUUUUCAAGAAGUUUUAGGAGCUUCUAUGAGGGCAUUGUACAUAGUAAGGGACCCUCGGGCAUGGAUUUAUUCAAUGCUGUACAGUAGUAAACCAAGUCUGUACUCUUUGAAAAAUGUACCAGAGCACUUAGCUAAAUUGUUUAAAAUAGAGGGAGGUAAAGGCAAAUGCAACUUAAAUUCAGGCUACGCUUUCGAGUAUGAAUCGUUGAGGAGAGAAUUAUCAAAACCCAAGUCAGAUGCAGUCUCCCUGUUGUCCCAUUUGUGGCUGGCAAACACAGCCGCAGCCCUGAGAAUAAAUACAGAUUUGCUGCCCACCAGCUACCAGCUGAUCAAGUUUGAAGAUAUCGUACAUUUUCCUCAGAAAACCACUGAAAGGAUUUUUGCCUUUCUUGGAAUACCUUUGUCUCCUGCUAGUUUAAACCAAAUAUUAUUCGCCACUUCCACAAACCUUUUCUAUCUUCCCUAUGAAGGGGAAAUAUCGCCCACUAAUACUAAUGUUUGGAAACAAAACUUGCCUAGAGAUGAAAUUAAGCUGAUUGAGAACAUCUGCUGGACACUGAUGGAGCGUCUAGGAUACCCAAAGUUUACGGACUAAAUGCUGCAGAGGGUUGUGGUGCAUUCAGUUGUCGGUCAACAGCACUUUGAAUCCAUGAUCACGGUAAGCGCUUUGGCUACCUCUGUUUUCUUUGUGAGAUAAGUAGCAAGACUGAUGACUGGGAAUGAGACGGGGGCAGCGGUAUCGGAGCUUGGAAGCCGCCAGGGAAGGUAUAGAAUAGUCCUGUGGGAGACUGUAAAGAGGGUGGCAGCGGGAGUGUUGCACCAUGGCCCGCAGCCCGCGGGACCCCCUCGAUGGGAAUGGCUCUGCAUUUAGGCCCACAGUUCCUCCCAGCCUUGUUCAGCUGCACCCAUGCAAGUGGGGGGGGGGGACAAAAAAAACCCAACAAAACCAAAAAACUUGACAAGUUGGAUUGACUAGAAAGUGGCAAUAUCAGAGUGAGAGGACAGGAUAAGAGCAUGUGAGAUGAGGUUGUGUGUCGGGGGAGGGAUUGUCAGAACAGAGACUUAAGAGAAAAUAAGGUUUAGGACAUAGAAUUAUAAAGGAUCCUAGAUUCUGGUGGCACCAGAGACUUUUGUCAGAAACACAUUGGGAAGGUAGGAAAAAAACGCUUGAAGAGUAAGCUCUUGGAACUGAGAUUACUGAAACAUGGAAAUGACUGCUUCCUUCAAACCACGCAGGAGGAGAGCCCAAGAGAGCAUAGCCAACCCUUGAAUGAAGUUCAGAGAAGAAAUGCCUUCUGGGGUGAGCCACGUUAGAGUGGGGACAAGAGAGGAAAAGGCAUGUGCAGAGGAGACAUGGGGAUGUGGAAGAUUUUACUGGCUGAGUUCCCCAAGGCACAACGCGGAAGUCUCAGGAGCUGGAGAAGCGUGGGAAAUAGUUUUGAACAGUAUCACUUGGUUUUAGAGUGUAGCCGAAGAGAAAAAUGGGAUUUUUGGCCUGAAUGCUCUUGGGAUUGUUGGCCUGAAUGUCAGGAGCAUAUGUGUUUACGGUCGGCGAGCCGAAACAAGACAGCCCCACCAGCUGAACCUCUGCUGGACGCACCUGAGGCAAGCGACUCAGAUUUUUUGUCCCUCUCUGCACAUCCGCAUAUGACACGUGUCUUGAUCGUUGAUUUGGGGCUACCAAGUAAGUGUUAGAAAGUAAGCAAAAGUGUUAGAAAGUAAGCAAGUUUGCCAAGACAGAAUCUGCAAAUACCAAGGGCCCACUGUAUCUUGGGUUUUUUUCCCUCCUAAUCUGACUCUUUGGUCUUUCAAGGAUCUCUGCCUGGAAAACAGCUUCCAAGCUACCCCCCUUCUGGGUGCCCGAGUGCUGCCCGACUCACUGGAACAUCACCAGAGGUUCUGCCUGGCUCUUUCUUCCUAUAACUUAUGAAAAUGUUUGUCUUGAUCUUACCCUUUCCUUCAUUUUUCAGCACUUUUGAAGAGUGAUAUUAUUUAUUCUCAAUAAGCCAUUGAGAGGGGACUUCUGAUUUUUUUUUUUUAAGAGUGUUCUUUGCAGAAAGUCUUGAAAGUAGAGUCAAAUUUGAAGAACACCCAACAAUCCCUCACUGAGGAACAGCUUCUAUUAACAUCUGACCAAGUCCUUUUACUUUCAAGUUUGUAAAGAUGCAGUGUUCUGCACUGGGAUCUAACUUGAAUCCAAUUUUCAAUUAAUAGGGUCAAUGUAGGCCCAGUGAUAUUAAUUCUAACUAUGGACCUAAUUGCUAAUUUUUUUAGGUAUAUUUUAAGUUUAUCAUUCUCAAUGGCUUUCAAAAGGCAUUGUUGUCAGUGUGUCCAAUUCAGUAAUUAGAAGGUGAGGCAUACUGUGCAGAGUAGGAACCAAUCUUAUUUUUCCCCCAAGUACCCUAAAAUAUGUUUCAGAUGCAUUAACGAUAGCAGUGUAAACACAGGCAUUUCAAACGACAAAGAGGGAAUAAUUGUUUAUACAAUAUCGUGGGCGAAGAGGGCAGGACUAACUAAACAUGGUCUCAAAGACAGAAACCAGAGAAGAAAAGACCAAGAGAUUUGCAUGAAUAUUUUUAAAAUUUUCUCUAUGUCAAAAACCAAACUAGUAACAAUAAGAGCAUUAAAAAAGAUUAGAAAACACAAUUUCACCAUAAACAAGUAAAGAUUUAAAGUCUUAGUGUAGAAAAAGAUCUGUGUAUUUGUAGACAAAAAAUGAUUAUCGCAACUUUAAAUGACAGAAUUUAAAAGGGAUAAAACAUACAUCAAGCGAAUAAUCUGUUUCACCAAUUCCUAGUACAAAUACUGUUAUUUUCCUUUUAGUUUAUAAUUCAUAGUUUAAACUUCAGAUUAUUUCUUCUUAAGGCCAAUCCUCCCACUACUAAGUAAUGGGGGAGAAAAGAAAUACAGGAAAAAAGGUCUUAAAGUUCCUUGGGAUUUAGUCAAGAUUUCAGAACUACUUCCAAACAUAAAAUGAAGAAAGAGCUAUAAUCCCUUAUGGCCAAAACUUUCCCUGCUUCUCACCGGUAUAAAGUGUCGUUUAGUUGAUUGGUCCUGCCGAACUCAACAAGUGACUCGUCUACAAGGGCUAGAAUUGCGUGCUUACACUGUUUCUGUGCAGCUCAUAUUGCUGACCCAUGCACAAAAGUCUAAUUCAUUUGAGCUUUCACUCUCUCUCUUUUUUUCUUAAUUAUUUUCUCUAAAGCACAACCUACUAGGCAUUGCUAUUGAGUCUAGAAAAUCUGCCUACAUUAGGUACACAUCAUGCAGAAACCACCAUCCAUCCCUCCCCAACCUUGAAAAAAAAACAAAAAACAGAAAACAAAAACCCACAUACUUCUGUUGAGCCUGAAUCACCAGCCUCAAAUCCUCUCCCACGGUAAUCUGAUUUCUGGUAUUUUCUUGUCCUUUUCUGCACAUACAAUAGUUUUUGGGGUCAUGCUGAACGAAAUGUCAAGGUCUCCCUACUUCCAAGUUUUGAAAAAGAAAGAUUGAUAUAGGUCACUGCAUUUUCACAAAUGUCCUGGAUCCUUCAAUAAAGAAAUCAGUAGUCAUCAUAGUGACUAGUUUGGUGUCCCACACCAUAGGUGAGGGACUUUUCUCAACCCACAGAAGUUUCCUUGUCUCAAGCAAACAGGCUCCAAUUUAUGUUACCACACAGUUAUGUUGAAACUGUGUUUCUGUUGCUUAUUUCUUGUUGUACGCAGUAUGAGAACAGAAUGCAUCCUCUGCCUGGGUAAAAAACUUGGAAAGUCAAAAGAUACAACUGACCAAGAAAUAUUAACACCAUCAAAGCCACUAUUAAGUAUAUAAAUUCAAAUUAAGAAGAAACCGAUAUUAUAUCUUAGUUUAUAGAGCAAGAAAAGACCACCCAUUUUGCUGGAUGUAGCAAAAAAGUAAAUUAUCAACUAAAGCUUUGGAAAUAUAAGUAUCGAUUAUUUAUUAAAAGCAAGUUGGCUGUAUGCCAGGUAUUUCAAAGCUCCUCUCUUUCACCACCAUACAUUGCCUUUUGGCCCAGAAUUCUCAUUUCAAGCAUCUUAUUCCAUAGGAAAACAAAAAAGAAACAUGAAAGAUGUAUAUAUAAGGAUGUUCAUCACAAGUGUCCUUCAUCACAUCAGGACAUUGAAACUUCCUAAAGGCACAAGAAAAUCAAUGAAGAUACAUAGUAGCUGACUAGAAAAAUCCUUCUGAUAACUUUUUAUUAAUUAAUUAUGAGAAACGGCUAUAAAAGAAUAUUAUUUUAAUAUUGGAUAAAUUUAUAUCUAUAGAUUAGACUGAAGUAUGUCAAAAGUCAUUCUAAUAAGUCAACAAUGAUUAAAUAUCAGUAAUUUCCAAUUAUUCAAUCUAAUGUUAUAUGCAUUGAUAUCUGAAUUAUCCAUACAGUCAUAUUUUUUAUACACAUACUUAUGGAUUAUUACAGGUCAAAUGUUAGCAUGGUUAUCUUUGGGUAUUGAAAUUUCAGAUGAGUGUUUUUAGUUUUCUUUAUGCUCAUCUGUGAUGCUAUUAGAAUAAUUGUUUUAAAAUGAUGGGAGAAACUAAUUGAAAACUUAAAGAGAAACAUACCAAAGUAUUCCCCCGCCAAAUAGUAUCCUCAGAGGAUUAAAUACAAAAUUUAAAAACUGAGUUAAAAGGGCUAUUAAGCAAAUGAAUAACUAUUCAAUCUCAAAAGUUUUGAAAACAACUUGAAAUCAGACUUUUUGCCCCAAAACAAAAAAUGAUUUUAAAAAUAGAUGACUUCAUUUUUUAAACAAAGUAAGUGCUUUUACAUAGUGCUGCUGUUCACAGAAUUUUCAUGAAUAAUAAAUGGCAAUAGAUAGGAAAAGCCUAAAAGAUGUGAAUAGCCUUUCAUUCAACACUUCCAGCUCAAAUUAAAUUACAAAUAAAUCUACUUCAUUAAUUUGAAACAUACUUUA